UGUAAUGACAUUGACCAAGCUGCUGCUGCGCUGUGGCAGUGGCAACGGUGGCGGCCAUGUGAAGAAGAACUUUCUCUUCUAUAACUCUAUCUUGACCUCAUCCUCAAACAGAAGUGCCUCGGCUGGUGUGAUCAAUCGCAGUGUGAGAUAUCUAACGACUUCAUCCUCUGUCCCAGAACCCAAAACACUCGCUAUCAGAAGAGAAGAUGGACUGCAAUGGGAGAGGAGAGCCCCGCUGGCACCCAAGCAAGUGCGCCAGCUGACCAAAGAUGGAUACAAAGUGCUCAUUCAGCCAUCGAACAGACGCGCGUUCACUCAGCGGGAGUACGAGUUGGCGGGUGCUGUAGUGCAGGAGGAUCUGACCCCUGCUCGGCUGAUUGUGGGAGUGAAGCAGGUACCCCCGAAGAAGUUCAUCCCCAACCGCACCUACAUCUUCUUCUCCCACACCAUCAAGGCUCAGGAGGCCAGCAUGCCUAUGUUGGAUGAAAUGCUGCAAAAGAGUGUGCGGUUGGUCGACUACGAGCGAAUGUGUUCAAGUGACGGCAAACGAGUGAUCGCUUUUGGAAAAUGGGCAGGAGUAGCCGGGAUGAUCGACGUCUUGCACGGUGUGGGACUCCGCCUACUAGCUUUAGGACAUCACACUCCAUUCUUACACAUCGGAUUGGCACACAGUUACCGAAACAGCGAGUUCGCCAAGCAGGCUGUCAGAGACGCAGGUUAUGAGAUCGCUCUGGGAUCCAUGCCGAGUUCCCUGGGUCCGAUGACAGUAGUGUUUACAGGGUCAGGAAACGUGUCUCAGGGGGCUCAAGAGGUGUUUUUUGAGCUGCCGUAUGUGUUUGUGGAACCUUCGGAGCUGAAGUAUUGGGCUGAAAAUGGAUCAAAGGAUAGAAUCUAUGCUUGUGUAGUCAGUCGAAAAGACUACCUAGUGCAUAAAAAGACUGGGAAGUUUGAUCUAGAUCACUACACUGCACACCCCGAAGAAUACGAAUCGAAGUUCGCAGAAAGGUAUGCUCCGUACACUUCGAUUCUCGUGAACGGAAUAUUUUGGGCCGUCAACUCUCCAAGACUGAUCAAAAGAGAGGAUCUCGCUUCUCUCCUGACUCCGGCUGCAAGUGCAGAAAAACAGAGCGAGUUUCUGAAAGAGGGAUGUCCCCCGUUACCACACAGAAUGUUGGCUGUGUGUGAUAUAUCAGCUGAUCCCUAUGGGUCAAUUGAGUUCACAGAUGUGUGCACUACUAUUGAUCAGCCUUUUGCAAUGUACAAUCAGGCUGCAGACCGACAUGAUAAUGUGGCUGGUGAUGGAGUAUUGGUGUGUUCCAUUGACAACAUGCCAGCCCAGAUCCCCACUGAAGCCACUGAGUACUUCGGCGGUCUCCUGGCCCCAUACAUUCCUGAAUUGAUGACGUCAGACGCAUCCACUAACUUCGACAAGUGGAGCCCAUCCUCAGUCAUCAAAGAUGCUGUGAUUUGUUCCAAUGGAAAACUGACCAAGUCAUACGAGUACAUAAACACCCUACGCCAACAUAGAGAAGCCGAAGCUGUGAAACGAACUUUUUCUCCGCCUGCAACUGCCAAAGUUAUGGACUCUAAGAAAGUUCUAGUUCUGGGAGCGGGAUACGUAGCUCCUCCUUGCAUCGAAUCUUUAGCCAGAGAGGACGGUCUUGGUGUAACAAUUGUAUCUGCGAUUAAAAAAGAAGCUGAAGUUCUUGCUAAGAAGUUUCCUCAAUGCGUUGCUUAUGAAUUGAAUGUUGAAAGUCAACCGGACGAACUGGACUCGCUGGUGAAAAAUCACGACGUAGUCGUAAGUUUGUUGCCCUGGACACUACACAGAAAGGUAGCAGAGUCAUGUUUGAAAAACGGCUCCCAUCUCGUGACGACCAGUUACAUGAACCCUUCUUUGGGCGAAUUGGAAGAGCAGUUUAAAAAUGCAGGCUUGACUGCUGCGAUGGAGUGUGGGCUGGACCCUGGAAUUGAUCAUUUGCUGGCCUUAGAAGCGAUCGAUCAAAUUAAAGCCACAGGAAACAAGAUUGUGUCCUUCACAUCUCUUUGUGGAGGUCUCCCAGCCCCUGAGCAUUCGAACAACCCUCUGAAGUACAGGUUCAGUUGGAGUCCAAAAGGUGUCUUCUUGGCAGCCAACAGCUCAGCCAAGUUUCUGCAGGACGGAAAAAUUAUUGAAACUGGCACCCAAGGUGAUGUGCUGACAUACCGGAAACCAAUCGACCUGUUCCCUGGCCUCCGCUUAGAGUACUUCCCCAACCGUGAUUCCCUCGGGUACAUAGAGGAAUACGGAUUAAACACAUGCCAUUCGUUCUUCAGAGGAACUCUGAGGUACAGUGGGUACGCAGCGAUAGUGCAGUCAUUCUUCAAGUUGGGUCUGCUCAGUUUGGAUUCGGUGCCGUACUUGCACCCCGAUGCCAAGGCAAUCUCUUGGAGAGAACUCAUGUGCAAUCUGCUGGAGGCCAAUGAUUCUACUUCUGAGAAGGGCUUGAUCGACAUUGUGUCGAAAUAUGGAGUGUCUUCAUCUGUCACGAGUGCAAUGGAGGACCUGGGUCUGUUUUCUGACCAUGAAAUGGUACCCCUGUUCGAGACUCCUUGUGAUACGUUAUCAGCUGCCCUGGCACAAAAGUACACAUUUAAACGCGGAGAGCGUGACUUCCUGGUGAUGCGUCACUCGUUCGAAGUGGAGAAAGUAGAUGAGAAAACUGGCCAAGAGGGAAUCGAGACAGUGAAUGUGUCUAUGGUCCAGUACGGAGACCCCUAUGGAUACUCAGCUAUGGCCAAGUGGGUGGGACUACCUUGUGCACUAGCCACCAAAAUGAUACUCAAGGAAGAGAUAACUGACAGAGGCUUCAUCCGACCAAUUUAUAAGGACUUCUACAAACCCCUCUUAGCUCAACUCAGGGAAAAUCAAUUGGACGACUACUCGGAAACCUACUUCACUCCAAAACACUGAACAACUCAACUUAAUAAACUAUAGAUAGUUUUCAUCGGUAAUAUGACAGUGCAAUAAACAGGUGUAGCAAAAAGCAAAAUAAGAACACUAUGAAAGAAAAAAUGAGUACAAAAAUUUUAUUUACGGAUAAAUACUUCUUCUACCUACCUAGUCCUCUGAAAUCAAUAUUAUAUCAAGAUGUGUUAGUGUUGUUAUUUUCGGGUUGCUACAUCUGUGAAUUUACGCACGACCCCUGUGUAAUUUGGUAUAUGAUGUGUUGUGUACUUGCUUUGUUGAAGACGACAGUUUUAAGUUACUUCAGCUCUCAGUUUUUGUGUAUGAACAGAAGUAGUUUGCAUAGUUCAGUCACAAGGAUGUGAGCAGGAUUCAGGUUGGAGCAGGGAGCAAACUACUCUACUGAAACUGUUAGCUUAUAGCUAGAACGGAGUUAUCAUGAAAAUCCAUUUUAUAGUUUUACAUUUGGAUAUAUCAAAAUGUAAUGGACAGACCUCGUCGAUCAAGAUUGGAGGGUUUUCAGACAAAAAUAUAGGAAAAACAAACAUACAAUUUGUAGCCAGAGACUAGGAGCUGUAAACCUUUAAACUAAAAUUUUAUUCUAUAUUUGUCAUCUUACUUAUCGAUCAUAGUUCGCGGGAGCGAGUUUGAAGUCACCUUUAGCGUCGAGAUAUAACACUGUCGAAUUUCGCUUUCCUCGGAUGAAGUUAAUGUAACGUAUCGUUUUUUUUGGGCGGAAUAAACACUUUACAUAACA